UUAAAUAACAUCUCUUCCAGGAAGCCAUAACAAAGUAUUAUUUUGGUGAGAAAGGAUUUUAUUGUAAUCAGUUUAACGUUUGGACUUUUAUUGUGAAGGCAGGUACAUACAGCUACCGGUAAAAAUACGCGCCUAACUCCAUAACAGUGGGGGGUGGAGUAUGAAUAGAGUUGGAUAGGUCAUGUAAACAUUGCUUUUAUAUUGGAGUAAGAACUGCGGAUAAAUUUAGCUGUCCGCCAACUUGAAUCGCAAGUUAAAAAUACUGUCGGUUGCCGUCAGGACUGCUAGCGUUAGUUCAGUAUCCUCAGCAGCAACUCCGUAGCGCUGUUCCCCACAACGAUCGAGCAGCAUGGAUCCCGAGGGAAGCCCACACAGCCCAGACGGCGAGACCGCCAAGCCAGACCAGAACCCCAAAUACCAGAGGAGUCUGAGGAGCCUCCAUGUGCUCGCCGCCAGGUUUGUCACGUUGCUGCAAGAAGCUGAAGGAGGAGUGCUGGACCUCAAAGAGGCUGUCAGGGUCUUGGCUGUCGGACAAAAAAGGCGAAUCUACGACAUCACGAAUGUGCUGGAGGGCAUUGGUCUGAUAAUGAAAAUAUCCAAGAGCAUUGUAAAGUGGAUGGGUACAAUGCCAGGAGAAAAUGCAUGCGAGUUAACCAACAGGCUGACACAGUUAAAGUCCGAGCUGGAAGACUUGGAGCAGAAGGAAUUUAUGUUGGACCAGCAGAGACUCUGGGUCGAACAGAGCAUCAGGAACAUAACAGAAGACUGCAGCAAUCUGACCUAUGUAAAUCAUGAAGAUAUCUGCAACUGCUUCAGUGGGUCUCAUGUCUCUUCAGGCCACACACUCUUGGCAGUACGAGCGCCAUCUGGCACACAGUUAGAUGUUCCCAUUCCCAAAGCUGUCCAGGACAGCCCAGCAAAGUACCAGAUCCAUCUUAAAAGUGUCCGUGGACCCAUAGAUGUCCUCCUUCUCAACAAACACUCUGCCAGCUCCGUUCCCGUCGUACUGCCUGUCCCACCGCCUGAAGAAAUUUUACGGGAUGCCAAGUUAGCCAUGUCCACUUCAGAUGCGACAGAAAGCAGUACUGCAACUUGUCAGGCUUCAGCUGAUACCAAACACUGCACUAAAUCAAGACAGACGGCCAUGGAGGACAUGCAGCCUCCUCACGCAUCGUCAUUCAUAAACACUGAGCCUAACAGAACUGACGCACCUAAAUUGCGAGAUUUAUCAAAGGAACUGAGACAUCUACUAGACCCAUCCAAAGAAAUAAUGAAUACAGAUCUAAUCACAAAGCUUAUGGCCUCUGAAGUUUUUUCUCCACUCCUCCGUCUAUCUCCACCCCCAUCUGAACAUGAAUACGUCUAUAAUCUGGAUGAGAGUGAAGGCCUCUGUGACCUCUUUGACAUCCCUGUGCUCAAUGUUUGACCAUGAACUCCUGUGUUAAGACUUCAAAAGUAAAGAUUUUCCUCCGGGAAAUAACAUGGUAGUCUGUUUUUUAAAUAGUUAUUUGAUUAUAACAAAUAAUAAACGGAUGAUUUCAAA